ACUUGAUAGACAAGAUCGUUGCCUUAUCAGGAAAUUAAAGUUUAUUGGUACUGUCUUGAAAUAAUUUGAAUUUGGUUCGUGCUUCUAUCAUGGUAUUGGUGGCAUCCGGUUCCUUGUGUUUACUUGUUCUCAACAUCAUUAUCCUUGUCGGAGCUUCUCACAAAAAAGGUGUUGGAAUAGCAUGGAGCCCGCAGUACCACUGUACAGAUGAAGCCACCUUUACUAACACUCAUUGGUGGUACGACUGGCGACAGUCACCAGAAAGGAUGCACUUUUUUAAUCACUGUCCGGUGAACACUCGAGCAGGGUAUGUACCGAUGGUAAACGGCAGACAUUUCGAAAAAGGGAUCAAUAUUUCUUCGCAAGCUCAGUAUCUUCUUGGUUUUAAUGAGCCUGACCACCAUGACCAGUCGAAUCUUACAGUAGCACAGGCUGUCGUCAUGUGGAGAGAAUUGGAAAAACAUGCAUCGGGGAAAAUUUUAGUUAGUCCAGCAGUAACCAAUCUAAACUGGUUGCAACAUUUUUUACAUCAAUGUCAUAAUUGCAGAGUUGACCACGUGGCAGUCCAUAUUUAUAGAUGUGAUGCACACCAAAUCAUGACAAAACUUAAGCAAACAUGGGAUAAGUUCCACAAACCAAUAUGGCUUACUGAGUUCGCUUGUCCUCAUACCACAUCGGUUAAUUACCAGCUUCGGUUAAUGAGAGAGGUACUUCCGCUUUUGGAGUCUGCGCCGUAUGUAUUCCGUUACGCAUGGUUUGUUAGUAGAUGGUUGCACCACAAUGAUGGUAAUUGGGUAGAUGGUUCAGCAAGUCUGAUGAAGGAAAACUCGGCAGAACUUUCCACACUUGGACAUUAUUACAACAAUUUUAUGUCUGGUAAUUCUACAAAAGACAUGAAAGGGAGAAACCGCUUAGCUUUCCAGAUCAAUGAAAAUAACUUUCGGUAUUUGAAAAGUCUCGUUAUGCUACAAAAUAAACAUGAAAGGGAGGAAUCACUUACCAUUCCAUAUCACCGAAAAUCAUUUAAGGCUAAUUGCAGUUCUAGUGGUGGACAUUUGGCUUCUAUUGAAACUGCUGAAGAAAACACUUUUGUAUUAGACGUUAUAGUAUUGAUUCAUAAAAUACUGAAGAUACCUGCAUUUUUCUGGAUUGGCCUCACAGACAAUAACGAAGAAAUGUCAUAUAAAUGGUUGUCUGGUGCUCCACUUACCUUCAAUAACUGGUAUCAAGGACCACCACAGCAACCAGAUAAUAAAAAUGGCGAUGGUUUAGCAGGUGCACACUGUGCUUUGAUAGUUAUAAAUCUUUCAUUAAAGUGGAGUGACGAAUUUUGUAACGAUGCCAAAUUAUUGUCCGUUUGUGAAAUUCGGUAA